CUGGCAAACAAAAAGGGCGCGAAAGCGGGGAAGACGGCAGAAGGACGGAGAGGAGGGUUGAGGAACGGGAAGGCGGAUGCCGCCGCGAGCGAGCAUCUAGUGCUGGAACCUGGCUCGCUGGUGGCCCUGCUCGUGCUCGAGCCCGCCAAAAAAAAAUGCUGGGCGGCGCCACGUACGAACAUCUGGCGCCGAAAGCAGCCGCAGAGGGGCUCGCCGGCGCCCUUGCCCAUGUCAGAAGCGGCCCAAAAAGUGUCCCGGAUCGCAGCUUGGAGAGCUGCAAAGGCCUUUCGAUUAGAAGCCGCUACGCCAGCUCCUGUCCAAGGCUCCCGGGCACCGCUUGGCUGUGCAGGGGGGGGGGCUCGGCCCUCCGUGCUCGAGUCGCAGGGCCGCAUCAGCACGGGACGUGCCCGACCUCGCCCGGGUCUGAUCGGCCCGUGGCAGGCUGCGCCGCGCCGUGCCGGCCACCCCUCGCGCCACGACCACGCCCGUGCUGCCCACCUCCUCGCUGCUCCUCCCCUCGAGGGGCAGCGGAAGGUGGGGACGGUGCCCCGCGGCGCGCCGUGCACGAAGAGAGACAGGCGUCCCGCGCUGCACAUGACUGCAUAG